AUGGGUUUUGAGGAAGUUGAGGAGGUGGGUGUGGGGAAAGUGAAACAAAUUGUUGGGUCUACCCUUUCAGAUUCAAAGGAGGAUGGGUCUGCUCUUGUUACCAAUUUUGUGUUAGGUAAGUCAACGGCGGAGCAUGCAAAGAUGUAUGAAGAAGAUGGCCUCACAGGUGUUCAUGCGAUCACGCUUGGACCUGCCCCUUUGACUUUGAGCAGAGCUGCAGCCAUUGAAGCUCUGCUUACCUAUCCUGGUGGGUCUAUGGUUGCCUUCUUGUUCUUUGGUAGUGAUGAAGUGGAGGUAGUGGUGGUGGUAGUGGUGGUGGUGGGGAUGGUGAUUGUGGAGGAGGAUGGGUCUGCUCUUAUUACCAAUUUUGUGUUAGAUAAGUUAGAGGUGGAGCAUGCAAAGAUGUAUGAAGAAGAUGGCCUCACAGGUGGUCAUGCGAUCACGCUUGGAGCUGACCCUUUGACUUUGAGCAGAGCUGCAGCCAUUGAAGCUCUGCUUACCUAUCCUGGUGGGUCUAUGGUUGCCUUCUUGUUCUUGUAG